CAAUGACAAGCUUCCUUGCUUUUCGCUCCCCAUUUUCCCCAAAUCCAAUGAUCAUCGUCCCCUCCGCGGCCACCACCACCACCUCCCGGCACCGGAAAAUAAUUUCGUCCUCAGAUGGCAACUUCCAGGCAACGCCUUCUCGACCUAUUGACGGCCCACAUCUCCCUUUACCACUCCCAAACCCCGACCCGGGACCCGAGCCUUAACCCGACCCCGGGGCCCCGACCUGCCGUGCUCCGAUGGUUCUCCUCCCUCUCCAUUCACCAACGCCGCGCGCACCUUACGGUAGUUGACGCCAGCUUCGUGGCCGUACUCCUCCAGAUGAACGAGAAGCUCGCGUCCAACGGCGCCGGCCGCUUCAUUGUCCUCCCGGACCUCUCUCAGAGCGACGAAUCCACCCUCCCCACGGUGUGCUACCGGAGAUCGGAGGGUUUGCUCUCGCGAUUCUCGGAGUCCGACCCCGCCGAGCGCGCGAUUCGUGAGUCGAUGCAGCUGUUCAGCUCGAUGGAGGGGGAAAGGGAGAGGGCUCGCGGCGUUGAUUCGGUUUGUGUGGGCGAGGGUUUGGUGGAGGACGUGGACAAAUUUGUUGAGGUUAUGGAUAGAAUUACGAAUGAGGAGUUUCUUAGGGGCGGAGAAGAGGCGGCGAUGGCGGCGGAGUGGGCGGAGCUGGGGUGGUUGAAGGCCAAGGGCUAUUAUAGUUUGGAGGAGUUUAUGGUGAAUAGAUUGGAGAUUGCUUUGAGGCUGGCCUGGUUGAGUGGAAACAGUGGGAAGAAAAGAGGGGUGAAGUUGAAGGAAAGGGUGAGUGCCGCCGGCGUGGCUGCAAAUUUGUUUUGGAGGAAGAAAGGGUGUGUCGAUUGGUGGGAGAAGCUCGAUGGUUCGGUGAAGAAGAAGGUGUAUUGUACAUAUUUGGCGAAGGCUGCACGCACAUUGACGGCUGAUAUGGUGGGGAAGCCUGAAGCUUUUGGGUUGGAUGAUAGGAUUUGGUGGUCUGAUGGUCGAGAUAAACGUCUACCAUUAUGUGAUUCUUCUAUAUUGGGUAGGCGAGAUACUGGAACAUUUAAAGGAAUUGGAUUAAAAAUUGGAAGGAAAGCCAACACUGGCCAAGUUUCAGGAAGUGAAUCUCCAUUAGAUUGUAUUUUCAGUAGUUUGUAUAUACUUCAGGUUAUCUCGACUCUGCUUUCAACUGCACAGUUUGGUCAAUGUGAUAUAGAGGGGCUCUUUUUCAGCUCUCUUGAUACUGUAAAUAGCAUUUCCGAUGUUGUUUUAAGAAAAUUGCGGGAGUUCCUCAUGGUUAUUUCGCUUGAUUGCACAAAGUCUGAGUUAUUGGGGGAGGGAGGCACAAACCCUCUUAAGAAGCCUGUAAAUGAGAAACAUGCUACUGGUAACCGUAAGAAAAAGGGAAAGAACAAAAAAUCGAAUUCCAUUCCAAGACCUUGCCCAGAUGAUUUGAAACCUGCUGUACCUACUAAGGGGAAAGAGGAUGAAACCCCGUCUAUCAGAAAGAAUGAUAGUAGACAGUCCAACAUCUUUGAAUCUCAGGUUCCAAAGAAGGAUCUUGCUCAUGGGAAUUUGUUAUUAGCUGAUCCAGUGGUGGAAUCUGUUAAAGGAGUGAAUAAUGGAAAAAUUCGAGGUGCACCACGGAAGAGUAGGAAAGAAAGAAAAAAGCAUAAAAGCUCAGUUUGCAAUGGUUCAGAGGUUAAUGGCUGUCAAUCAAGGUGCUGCACUGGAAAUGGCUCUGCCUCUUCUGGUUCUCAAUACAAAUCCACCAUGUCUGAUUGCUCUUCUUCAAAUCCAACUUUUGAUAAUUUUUCUGGAACAGCUGCAACUCAAAUUGACAGGCAAAAUGCCGAUCCAACUUUUGCCACUAAUAUCUUUAGCUCAGAGAAUGCAGUGCAACAAAUAGAAAAGAGUUCCACUAAAACUGAUGACCAUCUUUAUUUGAAGAACCCUUCACAGCAUUUGGAUAAUACAUUCCAAGAUGGCUCUGAAACUUCUGGGAGUGAUUCUUUAAAACGCGAGUAUGAAACCAGGGUCAGGGUACUUAAUGCCGAGCCUUUGGUUGAAGUUAAGGACUCCAAUAGAGAAAUUGGCCAUGGAAGUCAAGUUUCGGGAAGAUCUCCAAAAACUAUCAAAGCUGUUGAACCAAUUGAAGAAACUUCUCUUGUUAAAGAUACCGGAAGUAUUAGUGUGCUCAGAGUUGGAACCAUAAACUCACCAGCAUACCUUUCGUAUGAGUGGCCUAAUGUUGUUCCCAUUCAUCCUUCUACCAAUAUGCAUCUCCCUGCUGCCACUGAUAGAUUACACCUUGAUAUCGGCUAUAACUUGCAAAGUCAUUUCCACCAUUCCUUUGUUCAACCUUUACAAGUAAGAAAUUCUACCAUUGAAAAUGCAUAUAAUGGAAUGUUACCUGCGCCUUUGCCUAUGAGUUUAGAUUGGCCUCCUACUGUACAUGGUGUCAACAGAUUAGUGCCUUCAGUUACCUGUAAUUAUGAUUCUGAGUUCAUUUCAAGGCGCCAGUCUUCCUUUCAGCAAGGCACAGCACAAAGUGUGCAAUCUGGUGCAGCUACUUCUGAGGAUGAACACACAAUUUCUGGUGAACCGACAGACAUGCAUGAUACAACAAGUUUCCAAGAGCAAAUGGAUGAGCAUGACAAGCACUGGAUGUCUGAAGAAGAAUUAGAGGUGCAUGCAGUUGGUGGAAUGGACUAUAAUCAAUACUUUGGUGGAGGUGUAAUGUAUUGGAAUCCUUCUGAUCAUCCAGGGACAAGCUUCUCUCGCCCCCCUUCUCUUUGUUCAGAUGAUAGUUCCUGGGCUUGGAGAGAAGCAGAUAUGAAUAGGGCUGUUGAUGAUAUGGUUGCCUUCUCUUCUUCUUACAGUACAAAUGGGCUGACUUCUCCAUCUACUGCUUCAUUUUGCUCUCCGUUUGAUCCUUUGGCUCCAGGCACACUUGGUUAUGUUGUUCCUGGAAGUGAAAUCAGUAGCAAGGUCCUUCAUUCGUCCUCAACAAUUACUGAUCUUGGUGCGGAGGAGAGUGCCUCGGGAUCUAUAUCCAACAUAUCUUGCGAUGGAGAAGUGAAGACUGGAGAUGCACUUCCAUACCCCAUUUUGAGGCCAAUAAUUAUUCCAAAUAUGUCAAGGGAAAGAUCAAAGCGGGGUUAUGAUCAUAAAAGUCCUUGUGUACCUCCAAGUCGACGUGAACAUCCUCGGAUUAAGAGGCCACCAUCUCCAGUAGUCCUCUGUGUUCCAAGUGCUCCUCGCCCACCACCACCAUCUCCUGUUGGUGAAUCCAGAAAACAUAGAGGUUUUCCUACAGUACGAUCAGGAAGCUCUAGCCCAAGGCACUGGGGUGUCAAAGGUUGGUUUCAUGAUGGACUUAACUUUGAAGAAGCUUGCAUGCCCAUGGAAGGGAAUGAAGUAGUUUGGCCGUCCUGGAGGAACAAAAGUCUUUCAGCUCGUCAGUUAACUCAGCCUUUAUCAGGAACAUUGCUUCAGGAUCGUCUUAUUGCAAUUUCGCAGUUAGCUCGUGACCAGGAACAUCCAGAUGUUACAUUUCCUCUGCAACCUCCCGAGCCGCAAAACUGUAUCAAACGCAAGGCCUCUCUGUCACUGAUGCAUGAUAUUUUACAUGAUGAAAUUGGCUUUUUCUGCAGUCAGGUUGCUGCUGAGAACUUGAUUAGGAAGCCUUACAUUAAUUGGGCUGUUAAACGUGUUGCGCGAUCCCUCCAAGUUUUGUGGCCUCGGUCUAGAACAAAUGUUUAUGGCUCUAAUGCAACUGGUUUGUCUCUGCCAUCUAGUGAUGUGGACCUUGUUGUUUCUCUUCCUCCUGUGAGGAAUUUGGAACCCAUUAAAGAAGCUGGAAUCUUAGAGGGACGCAAUGGCAUUAAAGAAACAUGCCUUCAGCAUGCUGCUAGAUAUCUUGCAAACCAGGAGUGGGUCAAAAGUGAUUCUCUCAAGAUUGUGGAAAAUACUGCUAUACCCAUCAUAAUGCUUGUGGUGGAAGUACCUCAUGACCUCAUCUCCCCUCUGUCCAAUGAUCAAAUGCCCAAGGAAGAAACAGAUCAGGUUGUUUCAGAAGAAUUUGCAGCUAGUUCUGAGUGCAGUACACCAAAUUGGAGUAAGACAAGGAAUAAUAUCAAUGAUGGAUUCAAAUCCGUUCGUCUCGAUAUUAGUUUCAAGUCUCCCACACAUACUGGACUUCAGACAACUGGUCUGGUUAAAGACCUUACUGAGCGGUUUCCCGCAGCAACACCUCUUGCUUUAGUGUUGAAACAGUUCUUGGCUGACCGUAGCUUGGACCAGUCAUAUUCUGGUGGUUUAAGCUCAUAUUGCCUGAUAUUACUGAUCACGCGAUUUCUGCAACAUGAGCAUCAUCAAGGGCGACCUAUCAAUCAAAACUAUGGAAGCCUCCUGAUGGACUUUUUCUAUUUCUUUGGGAAUGUAUUUGAUCCACGACAAAUGCGUAUAUCCGUACAGGGAAGUGGUGUAUAUUUAAACCGUGAACGUGGGUGCAGUAUCGAUCCACUCUGCAUUGAUGAUCCUCUGUUUUUAACAAAUAAUGUUGGGAGAAAUUGUUUCCGCAUUCAUCAAUGUAUCAAGGCAUUUGCUGAUGCUUAUGCAAUGCUGGAAAAUGAGCUCGCAAACUUUGAAAAUGAUAAUUACACCAAUGCUAAAGCUACCCGGAAAUUACUUCCAAUGUUGAUUCCGAGCAUUGGCCAGCUGGUUGGGUCUUAAUGCUGCCACAAUGAUUUUUCCUUCUCCGAG